AAGGCCUCAAUCCAACAGAAAGAACCUUAAGAUAUUUGACAUUAAGAACAAUGCUGUCAUCCAACUGUAAAUGAAGAUUACUGACAUUUUUUGAGUCAUUUAUUACUGAGUAGGACAUAAGCUGACCUGGAAACUUGACUUAUUAAUGGGGAAAAAAGCUUCUGCAUUCAAAUGCAACAAAAACAGAAAACCUGCCUGUUACUGAGAACUGAUGAAUAUAUAUUUCCAUCUACUAUGUAGUGAAGAAAUCAUAAUAAUGACAAGUUAGCUGAGUUGAUAACUAUUGAUUUAUUUAUUUAAUAUACUUCAAUUAAAUAUAGUAAAAAGAAAUAGAACCAGAGACACACUGGGUGCUGUGCAACACUUAAGAUGUUCUUUAGCAAUACAAGCUGUGAUGCUGCAUUUGAUUUCCGUUGGAUUUAUCAAAUUUCAUCAAGCUAUCUGAUUUUUAUUUUAUAUAAAUAAAACAUGGAAAUAUGUUUUUUUUAAAAACGUCAAAUUACAACCUGCUUAACAGAAAGGGGGAAAAAGCAUUCUAAAAGACUGAAAACAAGUAAAAAUUAAAGAUAAACAGUAAACAGAAAUAAUAAAAAAGUAGUUUAUAUAUGUGCGAUUUAAAAAAAACAAGAUCAGAUGAAACUGAAACAUAGCAGACGUGAAGUUCAACGAAAUGCAUAAACAUUCUGAGUCAGUUUCCUUCUUUCCUGUGGUGUUUCGCACUUGUUGUUAUAUAAAGUCCCAUAUUUACGACCGUUCCUGAACGCAACAGCACAUAACGUUUCCUGUUGCAGAGAAAAAGAAACUGAAAGAAUAAAUGUGAUUUCAGAGCUCAGGUCGUCGAGAGAGGGUUGCUGUUGUUAUGUCUUCCGACGAGGAUUUCUCUCUGGUUGACGAUCCACAAAUGUCUGAAAACACACUGGAGGGAGUCAAGGCUGCAAUCAGCUGCUACAAGAAGAAGCAUGAGCUGCUGCUGGAGGAGCACAAAGAGCUGGCUGCUGCCAGAGACGACCGGCGGGAUAUGGCCAAGCAGUUCAAGCAACGCACCGACAAACUGAUCCAGGCCACAAAGGACGACCAGCGAUCGCACAACGACCAGCUCGCUAACGAACAGAUGAAGCUGGAUCAGCUGAAGCUGGAGAAUGAUGAACUGAUGAAGGAGCUGCAGAAAGUCGAGGCCGCUCUGAAGGAUCAGAAAGCUGAAAACAAACAUCUGAGGCAGCAGACAGACGUGUUCGGCGCUGUGCCGGAGAAAAAGGUCGUCUUCACCGGUUUGACAGCAAAUGCAGACGAUACAGAGGAGUUUGAGAUGAAACCUCACAUCGUUUAUCCGAUGGAGGGCGGCACGGCGCUGGUGACGUUCGAGGAGGAAAGCGUUGCAAAGAAGAUUCUGACCAUGAAGGAGCAUAAAGUGGAUCUGGGAGGAGAGUGUAGCAUCACUGUGGAGGCCAAGCAAGUUCACCUGAUGCUGCCAAAGCUGGUGGAGAUCGACACUGACGUUUGUCCUCAUCGCAUUUUGAUCUCCAGCCUGCCCAAGAUGGACACCGAGAUGCUGCUGAACAAGCUGGAGAUCCACUUUUCUAAGCGUAAACACGGAGGCGGGGAGGUGGACGAAUGUGAAAUGAUGCCUGACUCUGGGAACGUGGUGCUGACGUUUGUGGACCAAAACUUCGCCAAAGGUUUGACGGAAACAGAAUAUCAUGAAGUGAAGCUGCUACAGACGAAGCACAAAGUGAGAGUGACUCCUUUUCUGAAUGGAAAGAUCACAAACUUAGAGACCAAGAUGACGGCGUGUCUUCGCACUGUGCUGCUGACAGGAAUACCGGCCGUCAUGGAGCAGGAAACUUUGCAGGAUCUGCUGGAAAUCCACUUCCAGAAAAACGGCAACGGCGGCGGGGAGAUCGAAGCUUUCCUCUACAACCCUGUGGGUCAGCAGGCCUCAGCCCUGUUUGGAGGCAUCUCCCCAGGAGCAGAGGAGAACAAGUAGCUGUAGAUUUACACAAAACAACUUCUCAGAUUCAGGGUGAUGACAGCUGCCAAAAAUGAAGAUCUAAUCCAAGCUGCUGAAAAAUCUCUUUAAGUGUUAUGUUCUGUUUUCAGAGCUGUUGUAAUCCAGCACAAAGUUGUCUAACUUCUUGUUUUGGGGUAUCACGUAAACUUGUUGUUUUUUUCUCGAACCAAGUCUAAGAAUAAUCUAUUAUCCAUUAUCCAUCCAUUAUCUAUACACCGCUUAAUCCUCAUUAGGGUCGCGGGGAGCUGGAGUCUAUCCCAGCUGACUUAGGACGAAGGCAGGGGACACCCUGGACAGGUCACUAGUUUAUCACAGGGCUGACUAAUCUAUUGGGAAUAUUUAAAUUUGGUGUAUUCGGAGAUGAAGAAGGCUUUACACUGGGUGUUUUCUGUCUAAAUACACUAUAAAUAGAAAAAUGCAAUAUCAAACAUUAAUUCACUUUUUGUCUUACAAAACUUCGCAGUAUUGUUACAUACAAAUGUAAACUGCUUCCUGUAAUACAUUAAAUUGGUAUGUGGAAUGAUAAAAAA